GUGUAUGUAUGUGUCUAUAUUAAGUAUGUAUAUAGUUUUUAAAGUUUUUUUUUCUUUCUGUUUAACAUAGUGUUACAGGGUUAGACGCGACAACACAGGGUUAGACCACACAACACAACAAGGAAGAAGCACAAUUCAUAACCGGUUCGUACAGGUGAGUAAAACACUACAAAAUAACUACAAAAGCAAAUUGUGGAAAUCUAAAAUGAUACAAUAUACUGAAUUUUCACAGAUUCCAUAACUAAAAUGAUGAAUAGUUCCUGCAAAAAUGUCUACACAGUGCUAAACUACACAGAAAAGGUAGCCAUCAGCACCAUCUGUGUGUCGAUCACACCUCUCAGCCUCCUGGUCAAUGUGCUCAUUCUGGUUGUCAUAGGCUGCUCUAGGAACCUACGAAAACACCCGUCAUACCUGUUUAUGGGCAGCUUGGCAUUGGCGGACACUAUUGCAUGCAGCUGUUACACAAUCAACUUCCUGGAAUUCCACCUUUCUGAAUCAGACAACUUGCUUGGGAAAACAGAGUAUCUGCUUAAGCUGGGUGGCGUGACCAUGGCGUUUACAGGAUCAGUUGGAAGUCUGCUUGUGAUGGCAGCUGACCGAUAUCACGCCAUCUACAAGGUUUCAACCUACAAGGUGCUGCUGACACGUAAAAGAGCCUUUAUGGCUAUUGUGACUUUAUGGGUUAUGGCUGCCCUCAUUUCCUUCCUUCCUCUGAUGGGCUGGAAUUGUCAGCCUUGUGAAUCAUGCUCCAGUCUCUUUCCAUAUGUGGAUCGUUACUACCUGGCAUUCUUUGCCAGUCUUGUGUUGGUGGUGAUCGUCCUCAUACUGGUAGCCUAUGCUCUGAUAGUGUGGAUGGCCCACAAACAUGAAGCCAAUAUGUCCGCUGAACAUCCAGAACUAGCACGCAUGCGUGUGGACAUCCAUUUGGCAAAGACUUUUAGCUGUGUUAUGCUAAUUCUGUUAGUGUGUUGGCUGCCUGUCCUUUCCUUCAUGAUGACAGAUGCAGUUGGGACAAAGCUUUUAACACCAGAGAAAAAGGCAUUUGCCUUCUGCAGUACACUAUGCCUGCUGAACUCAGGCAUCAACCCAUUGCUAUACACCCUGCGCUGUCGUGAACUACGUGCAGCACUUAAAUCAUUAGUAGUUGGUUUAAGGGGAUGCAAAGGCUGUAGUUCACAGCUAGUGACUAAUACCAGUGUAUGACAUUUAACAACAUUUGGCUAAUGAACAGAAGUGUUAUCUCCCCCUAGUGUAGGUUUCUAAACAACAGCAGCUUUAUUUCUGUUUUCAGUUAUCAUUUCUUAAAUUUUGAUUAAAUAUUGCCUAAAAUGUAAUAU